CUUUGUUUGAAUGGAGCUCUAAACUCAAAAGCGACACAGACAGUCCAUUGAACCGCUGUUUUUGAAGUCCUGCAACAAGGGCUUCUUCGGGAUAUUUAGUUAGUUUAAAAUGAGCGACAGAAAAAGUCGCAAUGCAUCCCGUGGAAUGACCGAAGAUAGGGUUAGAGGAGUAGUCAAAUGGUUUAACGUCAAGGCUGGUUAUGGCUUCAUUACUCGUUCUGAUACGUCUUCCGAUAUAUUCGUGCAUCAAACAGCAAUUUCGAGAAAUAACCCUGGGAAAAUGCAGCGCUCACUUCAGGAAAAUGAAGAAGUUGAAUUUUUCGUUGUUGAGGGAGACAAAGGCGUGGAGGCCUCCGAUGUUACUGGGCCUGAUAGAAGGCCGGUAAAGGGUAGUGCUUAUGCUGCAGAUCGUCCUUAUGGGCGAAGCCCCAGGGAAUAUGGAGCGCGCGGUGAUAGAAAUGACUCAAAUGGUUAUAGAAGCAAUGGGUUUGGAUCGUAUCGUGGAAGAGGCAGGGGUCGCGACGGGCCCAGGCUCAAAAUGGUACAACGUUCGCUAAGACAUCGAACAUACCUAGCAUGAAGGACGAAAUUGUCAACAUGCUCGAAUCUGCUAAACUGGUGUGCACAUAAAAGUGAUAUUCCUGAAGUUUACAACGUAGCUAACAAACAUGCUAAGACAGCAUCUGUCAGUAUACACUGGAUUAUACAUCAGCAAAGAAAAUCGACAAAAAGAACUUGUCUGAGCCGUGUACAUUUCCAAAUUUUCGAGAUUUUAUGAAUGCAUCCAUUCCUCGUUCUAGUGACUAGAGCUCAGCAACACUAAUUUCUCCUGUCCAUAUUUGUACGCACGUGUAUACGACUUACGUAAAUAAUUUCAUGGGGCUUGAUACUGCUAUUCUCACUCUGCUAGUUUAUUAUAUUUCUGUGUUGAUGAGAUGUGUGAGAACUUAAAAAAAAUACACUUUGCAGAGAUGCAUCGUGACCUCGAUCACUGUGACAAUAAGGGGAUCUUGUUGUGUUUUUUGCGAACCAACGUGUCUGGGGAUCAUAUUGUUGGCAGGUUCCCAAAAUAUCGUCUUUAUCAGCUUCUAUUUCGUUUUCAUAAUUAGUUACGUUAUUUUAAAAGCAAAUUGUUCAGAGAAACUAAUAAUUAUUUUAUAAUCGGGUAUUAGGUUGGUGGUGAUUUCUCAAGGAGAUUUGACGAACGCAAUCCACGCGAUCGCAGCCGAGGAUACGGAGUGAAGGACAAUGGUGGUUAUUACUCAAGCCCAUACUAAUUUCAAUCUAUGUUGUACAUAUUGCAUUUUUAAUGCCUAAUUUGUACAUUUUAUCUCGAAAUAUCUUGUUCUAGUUGAAAGUCAUUUUUCUGUGGAUAUCACGAUAUAUGCAUUUAUAUGUAUCUAAAUUAAACUUGCAAUUCUCGUUUGAACAUUGGGAAUUAAAAAGUUAGUGACUGCAUCUAUCGUCUGGGUAAGCUUCUCUUGAAGCAUAUGUUUUCUUUGCAUCAACGUAUUUGCAAGGUAAAAUCUAUUCGAUGGGUCGUUAGGUCACGAUAUCCUCUUACAAAGAAUUCGUACAAAACCCACUCAGUGCCAGUGUGACACCUACUAAGCACAGGUUUGACUGUACAUCGCACUAUUAUGCAUCAAUCGUGUGCACAUUCUCCACGACAAGCGUAGUUGUUAC